GCGACCCUUAGCCGCGCCCACUCUCGGACGCGUAUAUCGGGCUCACUGCGUAAUGCGACAGUGCACCGGACGGUCGGCUAGCGAACACGCGACGGGAGAAGCGCUUUUAGGUUCGCGCCGGGACCAGGUUGAUUAUGACGAACUAGUAGAGUGCGUACUAACACUGACUGCUCAGGCCUGGCAUGGCGACGCGGCGGCGCACCAAUCGAUAGCGAGCGGCCAUCCGUGCGCUACGCGACGGUGCUCUUCUGCAUUUCCAGUCUGCCGCGGGAGAUCUGAUCGCGGCGCAGAACAGGCUCUUCCCAAAACAAGCUCUCAAGCUGACGUCGCGCCGUACUCGCGAUGAACAAGGGAUAACUUCGGUGUCUGGCCAUCUCCGGUGCUAGGUUCCCUUCGCCCACAGCGUGACGCCAUGCCCGACCCGACCCUGCAACGCGAGAGUUCGCCUUUCGUCGCCUACUUAUCGGGGAUGGUUAGACGGAUUUCUGCUGGCUGCCCUUUCCUCCCUCCUCCACACUUCUCUCUCUUCCGGUCGCUUUCUAUCUCUUCAGGUUCCCUCAUGUCUCUGCCAAUGCCUAUUCGCAAUAAUUACAAGAACUUGCCGUCGUUCUCGCUGGUUAUAUCCACGGGGGAAUAUCCUCGCUCGCAGCCUAUACCGGUGCCCCCGGCUACGAUACCCCCCAAGACUCUGCAACCCACCCACAGGCGCGGCCCCCGGAGUCGACGUCCUGCAUUCGACCCCAUGAUGUCAGUCGACUACAGGUCCUCGCCCCCUAGGAGGCCGAUGUUCAACAACGUUGUCAUACCUGAGGAAGUCUUCGAGGAAGAUGAGAAGGAAGAGGUCGCCAUCGACGAUCUAUCAGUCGUUCCGAAUGUCAACGGCGCCCACGACGGUGGCGACGCGACUCGCACCAAGCGGGCCAAAUUGACAAACUUCGCCAUUUACUCUCUCGCGGCGCACCCGAAGUCGGAGAAGAAGUCGAGCACUGUGCCCGCGCAUACGUCGCGUUGA